UAUAGCUACUAGAACAGGAAGAAAUUUGGAUUAAAACCAUGAUGGAAGUAUGAGCAUUACAGGAUACAAAAAGAUGCCCAAAGGUGUACACCUAUGAAUAUGGCUUUGUUAUAUUGGUAGAAAUAUUUAUCUUUGGUUUUGAUUUGAAAUAGUUGUACAGUCAUUUAAUAUUCAUCAUACUUUUAAGGUAAUGUUAAAUGCAUGCAAUUUCCAUUUCUGUACAUAAAAUGGAAAUGUAUCAUGUGGAUAUGUGUACUGUAUUUCUCAUAAAUUCCUUACAAAGGGCAUAAACUAGUGCCUCUAUCCAGCAUGUUUUAUAUAUUUUUGCCCACGGCACACCAAGGUAAAGCAUGAUCAAUCAACUGACUAGCAGGAGCUGAGGCCUCGUGGCAGAUUAGAAGCAUUCAUGAUGUACACAGACACUGCCAUGCCCAUGUCAAGUCCACACAGAUGACACCUGAUGAAUGACUGGCAGAGGAUAAUUUUGUUUUCCCUUAGCAGCCACCCUGUCUGAUUUUCAGGACAGGUUGUUCAGGGUUUUCCUUAUCUUUUUUUUUUAGAACAGAUGGUAAUAGUGUCCAUGCUGAAAACUUGUGCACCACCAUCAAGAUGGGUAUAUGUGCCAUGGGAGUCAAUGUUUUUGUCCCAACAGAAACAUUUGUUGAAGACAAGAAAGCUUGGCUCUGCUUGUAGCAGGAAGUUUUCCUGCAGCCUGAUUCACACUAGCUGGCCUACUUUGCUCCUGUGUUCACCCAAGCUACUACACCACAGCUCACUCAAAGCAGCCGACCUGUGCCUCAGUCACAUCUUAAUGCAAAGUAAGCAGAGAUUUCAAAACACUUUCCUUCAACCCUCUUCUUCUGAUUUCCUGUGGAAAAAAAUGCAUGGGCUCUUCUUUGUUCUGGUGACGUGCACAGUAGGUGCCUCUGCUUUCAGACUCCAGCAAGUCAAAAACACAGAAAACUGCCCAGAUCACACCGCGUUUUUCAAACACUUCCAUGAACUGCAUGGAGAACCUGUGGUUCUGAAAUGCCCUUCUACCACACACAAACAUUUGGAUUUCUCUGCCUUGACCCCUAAUAUCACAUGGCAUAAAAAUGGUUCAAACACCAUGAUAUCAGGAAGAGAUGAAGAUUCAAGAAUCUGGGCAAAAGGAAAUGCACUCUGGUUUUUACCAGUGAUGCUAGAAGACUCAGGAGUAUAUAUCUGCACAAGAAGGAACUCCUCCUACUGCGCCGAGGUCUCCAUCCACCUCACAGUUGUAGAGAAAACAGCUGCUUGGGAGAUUGCCUAUCCCCAGGUCCUAUUCACUUUCACCUCUGGAAAGAUUGUUUGUCCUGACCUCUGGGAUUUUACACCAAACAGGACAAGCCUGGAGCUCAAGUGGUACAAGGAUGCUCAGCCUUUGGAAGAGGACAAUGAAAGAUUCAUCAUUCUGAAAGGUUCAGUGUCUCUGAUCAUGACAUCUGUGCUACCAACAGACGCAGGGUAUUACACCUGCAAGAUGUCAUUUCCAUUUGAAGGUGUGGUGUAUGAAAUCACCAGGAGAAUUCAACUGGAGACUGUUGAGCAAGAGAAGAGAAUUACCCCGAUAAUUGUGUAUCCAGCCCAAAAGACAACAUCAGCUGCUCUUGGCUCCAAGAUGACUCUCCCGUGCAAAGUGUUUGUUGGGCUGAGCAGCCAUUUCCAAACUGAUGUGGAAUGGCUGGCAAAUGACAGCAGCGUUGACGUGGUUUAUAAACAAAGCAGAGUUACAGAGGGGGAACGACAAGAAAUUGUAGAAAAUGGUGAGAACUUCAUUGAAGUACCACUGAUUUUUGAUUCUGUUGAAGAGGUGGACUUUUAUACAGACUUCACCUGUCUGGCCCAGAACAGAUAUGGAUACCAAGAACUGCCAACAAGGGUCAAGCAGGAAGCUGUUGGUCUGUCCUGGUACGUUGCAAUGAUUCCUGUUGCGCUGGCCUGUUUGAUCUUGGGAGGGGUAUGCAUGCACAAGUGCUGGAAGCGGAGAGCUGAUAAAGGAUAUACAAUACCAAAGGUGUAAAAUGCAUUUUGUUCUCCAACUGCCAAGAGAACAAAAAAUCACCCUGGCUAUCUUUCACAUCAGACACAGCAAGCAUUUCAGACCUGAUAUACUGCAUUCCCAACAGACUGAUAAUAACAGUUCUUUCCCACUUUUCCCAGUCUUCUAUGAUCUGAUGAAGUUAAGAAUAUAAGUUUGCAUUUUUAUGCUGCUUAGAGGCAGGAAAUCUGGUUCUAUUAUUUUGCAACUAGGGUGCAAUCUGUAGAAUUUUGGAACACAAAAUCGUGCUCUGGAUAUGGGAAGGGUAGGGAAAGGGAGGUGCUCUCACCCUUUGUAAUUCCAAUAGAUAUACUGUUUUUAAAAAAAAAAAAGGAUAAGAAACCCCCUAAAGUCUGAAAAGGGAAGCUAAGGAAGAUUGCUACAGAAGGGUUAUUUGACACUAGAGGGAAAAAAGAAUUUUUCUAUGCUACCAGACUAAAUUUAUUUUACUUGAAUCUAAAAAAAGCCAUUUGUUUUCCCUUUUCAGAGCCAAAUGCAGUUGUCACAGCAACUGUGUAUCUGUGAACUUCUCCACAAAAAAACUAAUUCUGUUCACCACUUGGAUUACACUUUGCUUAAAUAGACUGUCUCAGAACAUCCCUCCCCCCAGAGAUAACUCCAUCUGUAUAACAGAUAACUGUACACAGAAGAAUUCAGUCUUGUUUUAUCUACCAAUAUGUUGUAGCUGGAGAUUCAUAAGCAGCUAUAACACGUUGUCAUCUUUGCCAAGGAAAGAAUUGGAGGGAUGUUUAAGUGUUUUGAGAGUAAUUUGGCUAAUAAAAAUUUUUAUUCCUGGAAGUGAUUGGACAGAUUGCCAGUAAUAAUGAACAGUCUCACAUUUUUUGUGCCUCCAGCCCUUUUGUGACCAGUCUGGUGUAGCUUCAGAUUGUGUCCUUUAAAUUGCAGUAUGCAAAUUGGUUACACAAGAUGCAAAACACUGCCUGUUAGGUUAACCUAGCUGGAUUCUAGUCUGACAUAAAUGAUAAGGGAGCAAUAAAUAAUCAGUGACCAUGUUGUACUUUGAGGGUCAGAAUGAGUAAAAUUAUUUGGUUACUUCCUCUCUUAAAGAGAUACCCACUCAUGACAGCUGAGAAAUUGUUACAUGAUAUAGAAUAUAUAUUAUCUUCAUCUGUAUAGGAGGGAAGAGAACCUGCAUUAAGGCCUAGAUUAGUACAGAUCCGUAACUAUACCAACACCUCUACCUCUAGCAAUAUCAAAAUAAUACCAACACCUCUCACAGGCACCAAAGAUAAAGCUUUUUGUUCGCACAAGUCAUCCCAGAGGAUUUUCAAACUCUGUAGGAAAAAAAAAUCAGGAAAAACUUUGGCUACAAAAGACCAAAUUGUAACACACUAGAGAAGUGAAUGGCUCACAUCCAUCUGGGAGAGACCAUGACCUUAUUUCUUUCCACCACUACCUCUGAUUGGCUCUGAGUUUGGCCCAAUAAAUAUCUGGAAGGCUUUUGAAGAGUAGGAUGUGGCUUGAGUUAAGAAAUCUUCACUCUAUUAGCAAGAACAUUCAUAUGUAAUGAGAUUCAAACCAAAGCCUCCCUUUAAAUACUCUAAAUGCUUGUUAUGAAGAUACAAGCUCAGAGAUUAAGUUCUGACGCAUUUUAGGUCAAAGGCAUCCAGACACUACCACAGGAGCCACUGUUUCCAAGUGUAGAAUAGUAAAGAUGAUAAGGACUACAAGUAUUUUAUGGGCAAAUGGGAAAAAGGUGGAUGCAAAUGUGGAGAAGAGUCAGUCCACUUGGAUAUCUGUUUUUUGAAGGGAGAAAGCUGUAGAUGAACUGACCAAUGUUCAGUUGGAGGGAACAUUGAAAAUGUUUAGAAGCAUCAGGAAUGCUCAUUAUUUUCAAGCAAUUGCUAGUCUGUACCUAGAGAACAAAUUAGGUUUGUCAAUAAGUGUAAUGUUUAAACAUGUGAUUUGCUCUUCCUUUCCAUCUGUAUCCUCCAAGAGUAGUGUGAUCACGCACCUGGCUGUCUGUGCAGGGUUGGAUUUCCCUAAGUAGUGGAAAAAACCCAGAACUUUUGGUAUACAGAGUACUGAUGCCAUAAGAAAGUUAAAUAUCUCAGAUCCUUUUCCAAAACCAGAGAAGGAGUAAAAAUAUGAUUAUCAGACAAAAAUUAGAGAAUUGCUGUUACAUACUCAGUGGCAUCUUGAAUAUAAAAGGAAAGUAAAGAAACAAAGGCUUAUCUUUUAUGAAGUGAUAUUUGCUUCUCUGACUACUAGUAUAAUAUUCUGAAGGUUUUCCUCAUAAAUAGAUGUCUUCAGGUGAACUACACAAUGUAAAUA